AUGGAGACCUUGCUUAAGGAGUUUUCCAUAAUUUUAGACGAGAAACACAGAGCGAUAAACGAGCGAGAUAUCACUAUUAAACAGCUUCAAGAGAAUUUGUUAGAAAUUGAAAAUGAAAGAAACUCAUUAAAACUUAAGAAUUUACCAACCAAGCAUAUUGACAAUAAAAGUAAGACUGCCUCGCCGCCAAUGCAGCCCUUGAUGUGUCAAAUGAAUAAUAUUGAGGAUUUAAUCAACUUGUCCAAAAUUAACGAUCCAUGUGAUAUUGAAACCGAUGUCUUGGGCGAUGCAUCCAUAUCCGAUGAUAUGCUGCUAAGUCCAAAUACUUCUACUAUAAAGGAACUCGAGGCCUUUAUUGACAAGUCUUUCUAUAGCGCCUCUAAACCGAAAAAAGAACACUCUCGGGAGGCUAAUUUAAGCGGCCAAAUCUCCAUUUUGUUAGAGAACAGUAUGGUUAGUCGCGAACAAGCUCUUCCGGUUUUUAUGCAGGCUGAAAUAAACAAUGAAAUUCCUCAAAGCGUGUCCCCACCAGGAAAUGAUAAUGCUACAUCAGAUUUGGAAAACAAUAAAUCAGAAACACAAAGCAUCGAACAAUUCAAGCCAACGACGACGACGACGACGACGACGACAAAAGCCAUACAUAAAAAAGGUGAGAAAAACAGAGCAGGGCAGAAUAGAACAAUGCGGAAUAAAGAGAAGUUUGGUAAUAAAGUAAAUAACGAUAACGAUAAUUCAAGCACGCAUUCAUUAAAACCAAAACAAAAAGGGGAAAUAAAGAUUAACAAAAACAACACGCCUCCUACUUCUAACAACCAUCGCGAAAUUUCGGAAAUUGCAUCAGUUAAUAUAGACAGAUUCAAAGAUAAUCAAACGUAA